UCCUCUUUCUCUCUCUUAAGCCCCCCGAGUCACAGCCGUAUGCAUACCCACCGCUUCUCACUCUCUCUCUUUCUCUUGAAAGCAAAAGAAAGAAAAACAGAACUUUGUCCACAAGACCGCCAAGAUCAGUGAUUUUGAACGUUAUUGCCAUCUCACUCUCUCUCAUCUUUUUCUAGAGAAAUUUUCAGUAGGAGUGAUACAGAAGAACGCUUCGACGACGGCGAACGAUGUUUUUGCAUUGUUCUUCAAUUCUCUUUCUUCUCUGCUUUGCACUUCAAUCUUUUUACUUGGCAAACUCACAAUCGUUCAUUGGAGUUAACUACGGCCAAGUCGCUGAUAACCUUCCGCCGCCGUCGGCGACGGCGAAGCUCCUUCAAUCAACUAUCAUUGAGAAGGUUAGGCUAUACGGCGCUGAUCCGGCGAUAAUCAUAGCAUUGGCGAACACUGGUAUUUCAAUUGUGAUUGGAACGACCAAUGGUGAUAUUCCGGCGUUGGCCUCCGACCCAAAUUUCGCCGUUCAGUGGGUCAACUCGAAUGUCUUGGCUUACUACCCAGCCAGUAAAAUCAUCCUCAUCACCGUCGGUAACGAGGUCAUGACCUCCGGUGAUCAGAACCUCAUGGGACAACUCUUACCGGCCAUGCAAAACAUCCAAAACGCCAUCAAUGGAGCUUCACUGGGUGGGAAAAUCAAGGUCUCAACUGUACACGCCAUGUCUGUGUUGGCUCAGUCUGAACCGCCCUCCUCCGGGAGCUUUAACUCGAGUUUUGGCGACACAAUGAGAUCAUUAUUGCAAUUUCUUCAGGCAAAUGGUUCACCUUUCAUGAUCAACCCAUACCCUUUUUUCGCAUAUCAAAGCGACCCGAGGGCUGAAACUCUGGCAUUCUGUCUUUUCCAACCCAAUGCCGGACGAGUUGACUCAGGGACUGGUAUCAACUACAUGAACAUGUUUGAUGCCCAGGUUGAUGCUGUAAGAUCUGCCCUGAAUGCAAUGGGAUUUAAAGACAUUGAAAUUGUGGUUGCUGAGACAGGGUGGCCUUACAAGGGAGAUGCUAAUGAGGUUGGCCCGAGUGUAGACAAUGCAAGGGCCUAUAAUGGCAACUUGAUCAAUCACCUCAAAUCAAUGGUUGGCACCCCUCUGAUGCCCGGAAAAUCUGUGGAUACCUAUCUCUUUGCACUCUAUGACGAGGACUUAAAACCUGGGGCAGGCUCUGAAAGGUCAUUUGGACUCUUCAACCCCAAUCUUUCCAUGACUUAUGACGUUGGUCUUUUAAAGAGUAACCAGACUCCCGCAACUCCAGCUCCAAUAACUCCAGAAACACCUGUAUCUCCAUCAACUCCAGCGAUUCCUCUAACUCCGGUAACCCCAGCAACUCCUGUGAUUCCGACCACUCCAGUAACUCCACCAGCAGGAGUUUAUGGAAUUGCAAUUUCUUGCAAACAGCAGCACUCACGACUGCUAAUCCUAGUUAUAAUGGUUGCAUUUACCCUGUUUGGAUUACCUGUAAGGGGUGACGACAUUCUCUUGUAAGAUAAUUAAAAGUAAAAUAGGUUGUGACAAUGAUAAUUUAAAGAAUUUUUUUUUGUGUGGAUAAAUUCAUGGAAUUUUGUUUGAUGGCUCUACAUAACUCGGAAGUUUAAAUUGUCAUUUUUCCUUCUUUUUUUUUUUUUU